AUGGUGUCCAUUGCAGUCGCCACCAUGGCAGUCACAAGAAUUGAAUCGGGAUCUGCAUCAAUGUUGACCCGUGCCAUUGCCACUGACCGACGAAUAACAUUCAAGGACUGCAUGCGCCGUUCGGCAGGCGGUGAUGAAACGUUGAACCAAGUCUUGCAGCGUGCUUCUCCCGUUUGCAGGAAGCUGUCGGCCAUGAACGCCAGUCAUGUUAUCGAAGACAUGGUGCUGCGGCCGUUGUUGCUUCGUAGCUCAGUGGAUUGUAACGUAGGACACGUAGCGAAUAACUUAGGAUGUGACAAUCGGUCACUGAUCUGGAGUAUGAGCCUUCGACCAUUGUGGCGCUCACUGGGUUCGGCAGUGCGACCCGGACGCGUCCGUGAUGUGCUGCCACGGCUCGGGGCCGUCCGUGCUUUCGCGGAUAGGAAAACAGGUACAGUCAAACUUUGGAACGACCAGAAAGGUUUCGGCUUCAUCACGCCAUCAGAAGGUGGCGAGGACGUGUUUGUCCACCGGACAGGCAUCGCGGAGGGCGUUACGCUUUCUCCUGGAUUGUCGGUGAGUUUUGCGCCAGAAUGGGACGACAAAAAGCGGAAGGACCGUGCUUCGGAUGUGCAGCUUGAAGCAGGUGGAGAAGUCAGCGCAUCUCCGGCAUCAGAACAAGAGGGUUCAAAAGUCGCCGAUUCGCACCACAUCGUGGGAUCGUGGGAGAAAUGGAGCAUUCACAAAAAGGCGAUGGCUGGAGAAGAUUCCGUUUUCCGCCAGCAAGUUACCAUCAGAGACGAUGCUCCCAAGGCUGGGGAGCUCAGGAGGGAGGAAUUCCAGAUUGUGGGCAACGCCAGUUGGGAUAUCCGUCUUUACCCUGCUGGUGGCGACAAACAGGAGGUGGUCGUGCUCAAGCCCAGUGGUCCAGGAUCCAAAGCAGCGACCGGAUCGAAGAGCAAGGGUCAUGGACGGAAUUGGGCCGUGGAAGGCCAGCCGGGUGACAACAUCGACGUCACGCUGAACACCGAAACGAUGAUGGUUUCAGCUGAGACUGUGGAGGACUGCAAAGUUUCUAUUGCCGGAGGGUGGCCGGCGUUCACGACAUCAGAAGCAGCGCCCCACUGGAGAACUUCUGCAAGGCCCGAACCGCUGGUCAUCGCGAAGCCCAGCAUGCAUUUCGACAAAGCCCGGCUUUGCAGCUGGUCUGAAAACGCUGCACGUUGGGGUCCCAUGCAAGGGGUAAGGUGUUAA